GUCCUUCACCUUUGCUUCUCCAAACUUCCUUUUGCUGGAGAGGACGUCAGCUCAUUAAAGAAGUGUAUCUUCGUUUGUGUGCAGAGUAUGUCCACCUGAAAGUUCACUGCUGACGUCUCAGAAGCCUCUAAGAUCAGGAUCAUUUACAUAGAAGUCCUUUGAGCAGGUUUAGUUUUGUACCUCUGGAAGUCCCUUUGGCAAAUGUGUGACUUUGUUGGAACUCUCUAUCUGUGACUUUGUUGGAACUCUCGGACUACCUGAUCCCAGGACGACAUAAGGAAGCUCCUUCUGUUGCCGUGUUAUAGUGGUGAGGUGAAGCCCGCUGAAGAGGAAGCGAUACCAAGAUCAACCCUGACGUCGCGACAGAAAACAUCUUCUCCCUUUGACUUUAUCUCCAUACAAUCGUUGUUUCUUCUCCUUUAGCCCUGAUGGUCUUUGAAGAGCUCCUGGAUCAAGCUGGAGGUCUGGGUAGAUCCCAGAUUCUUCAGAUGGUUUAUCUUCUUGCCGGCAUAGUGUUAUUAUAUCCUCAUAUUCUGUUGGAGAACUUCACUGCAGCCAUCCCUGGUCAUCGCUGCUGGGUCCACAUCCUUGACAAUGACACUGUCUCUGCUAAUGACAGGGGGACCCUCAGUCCAGAGGCCCUCUUGAGAAUCUCUAUCCCGCAGGACUCAAACCUGAGACCAGAGAAGUGCCGUCGUUUCCUCCACCCCCAGUGGCAGCUCCUUCAUCUGAAUGGGACCUUUCCCAACAUGAGUGAGCCCGACACAGAGCCCUGUGUGGAUGGCUGGGUGUAUGAUCAAAGUACCUUCCCCUCCACUAUCGUGACUGAAUGGGACCUGGUAUGUGAAUCUCAGCCUCUAAAACCAGUGGCUCAAUUCCUAUUCAUGGCUGGGUCCUUGGUGGGUGGACUCAUAUAUGGCUGGCUCUCAGACAGGUUUGGGCGGAAGUUCGUGCUCAGAUGUUGCUUCCUUCAGCUGGCCGUCUCUGGGACAUGUGCUGCCCUUGCUCCCAACUUCCUCCUCUACUGCUCACUACGGCUUUUGUCGGGAUUCGCGGUCACAGCUGUCUUGUCCAACACGUUUAUUCUCAUAUCAGAGUGGACAGUGCCCCGAUUCCAAGCCCUGGUGGUAUCACUGAUAUUCAGCGCCUACAGUUUGGGUCAGAUCCUUCUGGGAGCAGUAGCUUUUGGCUUUCAAGACUGGCGCACACUGCAGUUGACUUUGUCCAUACCCUCGUUCGCCUUCUUUGUGUUAUCCAGCAACUGGAUCAUGCAGCAAGUUUUCAACAUAGCUGUUGCAUCUCAUAAAUGUUUGUUGUUGUUUCUGUUGCUGAAGUUUGUGAGAUCCAUCAUGCAAAAAGAGCUGGCUGCAGCCCAGAUCCGAACAUCCGUUUUUGAUGUGUUGCAGAAACCCAAACUGCGUGCGAGGAUCUUCUACUUGUCUUUCAUAAGAUUGUCAAUUCUCCUAAACUAUUUCGGACUGGCUCUCAACCUGCAGCACUUGGGGAGCAAUAUUUUCCUGUUCCAGGUUCUCUUUGGAACUGCCAGCCUGACAGCCAGAUACGUUGCCCUUUUGACACUGAAUUAUGUGGGCCGUCGACUCAGCCAGAUAUUGUUUAUGUUCACGAUGGGACUUUCCAUUAUAGUCACUAUAUUUGUGCCCCAAGAAAUGCAGGCCCUGUGUGUGAGUUUAGCAGUGUUGGGAGUCAGUGCUUGUGCUGCCACCACCACGAGUUCUUCCAUCCACCAAAACGAACUCAUCCCCACUGUAUUCAGGGCGACAGCUGCCGGAAUCAAUUUAAUGGCUGGUUGGUUUGGGGCAGCCCUGGCUCCUCUCUUGAUGACCCUAAUGGUAUAUUCAAGCCAGCUACCCUGGAUUAUCUAUGGAAUGACCCCCAUCCUGGCUAGCUUCAUUGUCCUUCUCCUUCCUGAAACCAGGAAUCGGCCUCUCCCUGACACCAUUGAGGAUGUGGAAAAUGAGUGA